GUGGCUGGGCGGCUCAAUCUACCUAACCAACCGAAUCACUUUCCCGUCUCUCUCUCACUCCCCAUGGAAAGUGCGCCCGACUUCAACCUUCCUUUCGAGACUGCAAAAGCAAAAACCUUCCGCACCGGAAAUAUAUCGUCUCUUUCUACUCACUCUCCUUGUUCCAUUUGUAUACAACCAGUAUGCAUAACUUAAACAUGGCGCUGCUCUCCUCCUCCUCUUCUUGUUCUCCGAAAUUGGUUAUCGGGAAUCCCACUUCACUCCAAAACCCUAGAAGAACCCUUCCCUUCCACCUCCGUAAUUGUCGGAUUCUCCCACACCAUUCCAGAAUUCCCAUCGCCGCCUCCUCCAGCAGCUCUGCACCCCCUCCGCAGUCGCAACCGGAGGCUGCUCGUUCUACUACUUCCAGACAUGGAAAAUUUGGGGCUAGCUUAUUGGCUAGCAUUUCCUCGUCGUCGCGUGGUCAGCAGACAUCUUCUGUUGGUGUUAGCUCACAGCCAGUGCCUACCCCUCCUUCACAAGUUGGGUCGCCUCUCUUUUGGGUCGGAGUUGGUGUUGCUUUCUCUGCGGUUUUUUCAUGGGUGGCAUCAUACUUGAAGAAAUACGCAAUGCAGCAAGCUAUGAAAACUAUGAUGAACCAGAUGAAUACUCAAAAUAACCAAUUUGGCAACGUUCCCAUUUCGCCAUUCCAAUUCCCAAUGCCUACAACUUCUGGGCCUGAUACCUCACAUUCACGUGCAACAUCAUCACCAUCUUGGCCUGCUGCACCUUCAUUUUCUGCAUCCUCGGCAGCUGAGGUUGCUACCCCACCACCUCCUACUGUUUCUCAACCAAGGGCGAGCGUGGAUGUUUCUGCAACUAAGGUUGAACAGUCUUCAGCCACUAAUGUGAGUAAUGAUGUCGAGACCAAUGAGGAUAAAAAUAAAUACGCUUUUGUGGAUAUUUCUCCGGAAGAUCAAGAAACCUUAGUGAAGACUCCUUUUGGAAGUGCUGAUGAUGUCAAUGAGACAAGCUCCUUAAAGGAUGCCCCAUUUGAACCUUCUCAAAACGGAGCUGCUUUUAAGCAGGAUGCAGGUGCGACUGAGGGCUCUCAAUCUACUAGGGCAGGUCCAACUAUAUCGGUCGAUGCUUUGGAGAAAAUGAUGGAAGAUCCAACUGUACAACAAAUGGUUUAUCCAUACUUACCCGAGGAGAUGCGAAAUCCUACCACUUUUAAAUGGAUGCUACAAAAUCCACAGUACCGCCAGCAACUGCAAGACAUGCUAAACAAUAUGGGUGGAAGCAACGAAUGGGACACACGUAUGUUGGAUUCCUUGAAAAGUUUCGAUCUCGAUAGUCCUGAGGUUAAGCAGCAGUUUGAUCAAAUUGGGCUUACACCUGAAGAGGUAAUCUCGAAGAUCAUGGCCAAUCCUGAUGUUGCUAUGGCAUUUCAAAACCCAAGAGUGCAACAAGCGAUCAUGGAUUGUUCGCAAAACCCAAUGAGCAUAGCGAAAUAUCAGAACGACAAGGAGGUGAUGGAUGUCUUCAACAAGAUAUCGGAGCUCUUUCCUGGGGUCACUGGGCCUUAAUUAACAGUCAAAGUUCCCUUCAAAAAGGCUGUUUCUGCUCCAAUUAGCAACUGCUGCUGCGUAUUUGGAGGUCUUAGUGAGAAGUUUUGGAUGCUUUCUUUUUUGUUGUUGUUUGGGGUAGAAGACGACGGUAGUGGUGAGGUUUGAACUUUUGAAGAGUAGAGAAAGGGUAUUGGACAGCCUGCGUCAAUUCUUGUAAAAUGAAUAAUAAGCUAAACUUGUAUGAACGGUUAGAAGAAAACCUAACUUUUGUAGUCCAACCGAAUUAAAUCCUUUUGAGUGUUUAUUGUUUGUUCUCUGGGCACGUGAUCUUUCCUUUCUUGGCAUCCAAGCAAAGGAAAGUUGUGUUGUUCUGGAUAGACAGGCUAUAUCUUUUGAAAUCCGCAUUGGGUAACUUUUCUUAAUAAAAGGGUAGGAAUAAAUAAUGCGUUUGAUAACUUUGCAUAUACAGUGGUAGCGACGACGUUGUUGUUGGUAAACCUCGACCUCGCUCAUCAGAUUGCGGACAAAACCUCCUCAAGGGCCACAGCCAUCCUCUCAUACAACUGCCAAACCAAGGCGACAUCUCUCUCCCUGGCUGCGUAGUCUAGUCUGCUGACGGUGGUGAAGAGUGCCGAGUAGAGUGCCCUGAGGCGCGGGCGGAGAGCAGGAGGCUUGCUCUGGAUGAUGGAGGACAGGUCGAUCUUGAGGUUUGAGGAGCUCUUUCUGAGCAGCCUCUGAGCUUCACUCCACGAGUCCUGUUCCAACAGCAACCCUUUCACUUCCAGCAGCGACCGGGCGUGGCCUCUGAUCCCAGUGACGGCCUCUUCCAGCGUUGGCGCCGAAGGGCCCGAAGACUUCAACAUCUGCUCCCAGUCCAUGCCCGACCCACUUGCUUCUUGCUUCUUCUGCGUUACCAAAGACGUCACUGUUGCACACAGUAAUAGUACUGCUGUUCUUCUCCCGACCUUCCUCUUACCAUCCUUGAGCUGCUGCUGCUGGUUCGCAGGCUUUAUUCUGCUGCUGCUGCUGUUGUGACGCAAGCGUUGUUGUUGGGUCUGGCAAGCUGCAGACGGGACGAAAGUUGGUGAUGUCAAUCUUAUCAUCAUCAUCAAUCUUUCGAGUGAAGAAGUGAAUUUGUCUGAGGUAGUUGGAUCCGUAGUGUAAUGUUGUCUGUCCGGAAAAUAUGUCUAAAGAGGAGCUUCUGCUUUAGCACUAGCAGAAGAGACUUUCUCUUAUCCAUUCGGUCCUCGUUAGCGAGCGAGCUGGUUAGCAUUUUGGCAGCAGCUCUACUGACUCGUGGGCUUUUCUUUUCUGCCUGUUGGUCGGCCCGCCCACAUUUGCUACGAGCGUGACUCUGACUGACUUAUCCCUCCGCCUCCACAAAGGAAAUGAAAAUUUUGGGAG